UCGAAAAAAAUUCUAAAACGUAUUCAAAAAAAAACUCCACAGCACCGCAUUUAUUCAUUUCGUGCUUUGGUGCUUUUACGUUGCCGCAACUGUUUCCGCUUCCGUUACUGCACAAUCCAAGCACGCACCUACUGCUCGUAGUCUACAUAUAUACGUAGUAUUAGUGCACACAUACAUACAUGCGUUUCGUAUGCCACGCUUUGAACUUGUCUAACUGUUAAUGCACGGCAAACACGCAAAAUGUGUCAAAUCAAUCAAUUAAAAUUUGUUUGUUCUUUCCCGUGAUUGGUUUGACGAUGUAGUUGCGUUUCUUAACAAUAUAUUUGUUGGUUAUUUGACAAUGCAAAAACUGUAAAACAAACAACAGUUAACUCAAUAAUUACUCCUUCGUGAUGUUAGUUGAAUUGCCUGUACAAGUUUGAUAACAAAAAAAAUUAAUUAAAAAAACAUACAUACAUACAUACGUUGUUCGUUCGUUCGUUUACACUACUGACAACUCCUGAAUCCUUCUAUAUCUACUACCACUCGUUCUUAAACUUCUGCAUACUCGUUUAACUAAAUUCUCGUACUUAAAACAACAAAAAAAAAAUAUUCAAAACUAAAAAUUAAUAAAUAAAUCGUCUGCUUUGUAUCUUCCUCCACACAAAAACGACGCUUACGCCGAUCGCAUCAUACUCGACCGAUUCGUGAUUCGUGAUUUAAAGGUGUAAACCCAUCCAAUGUCAUAUAUGUGAAACCAUUACUUUUUAUGUGCAUUGGCAAUAAUAAUGGUAAGCACAACUACAACAACAACAAUUGCUGCUGGACAACCAACGAGUAGCUCAAAUCAUCAUUCACAUCAUCAGCAACAGCAACAACAACAACAACAACAGCAAUCAGCGGCAGCGGCGACACUAGGCUCGACAACCGCAAACACAACUGCAACCGCAAACAAUUCCAAUUACCAGAGAUCAACAUCCCAGCAACAAAACCAACAACAACAUCAACAGCAGCAGCAGCACACACAAUCAUAUUACCAUCCAUCAUCGUCAGCGGCACAGCACAGCUAUUACAACUCAUUAGCAUUAAACGGUGUUGGUGGCAACAGCAACAACAACAACAAUACCAGCAACAGCAGCAGACACAACAACAGCAAAAGCAGGGUUACAACAAAAACCGCUAGCGCACUAAGUACCGGCGGCAACGUAACGGGGCAGGAGAGUGUGGUUGUUGUUGGCGACCACAAUACAACACACCAGCAGACGCGACCUUCACCGACAAGCUACAACGGUGGUGGCAGUGGCAACGCAAUUGACGACAGCCAGCCCAGCAGCAAUAGCAGCAGCGCUACACCCACAACAACAACAACAGUAACAGCAACAACAACAAAUAAAUUGACAAGAACAUUGGAGGAGGAAACCGCAAGCGUUGAGCCGCAGCCACAAAGUCAUGAAACGACAAGCGACACAAAGUCACCGACAGCAACAACAACAACAGCAGCAACUGUAAAUUUAUCGCAAGCGUUACUCUCGAGCUCGCCGCCACUGCUAAACGAUCAAAUUUCGUUGUUGUUUCCCAAGUGUAGACCACGUCAGUUGUCGCCCAACGGCAGCCAGCCGACAGUCAGUCGCAACAGCAGCAUUCCCAGCAAAAGUCAGAGUCAAGAGCACAGCGCGACUUACAAGCAACGCGUGAGUACGACCUUUGACCGCGACAUCGUGUACGGUGAGUCCGUGGAGAGCACACGAGCCGCCUCACAGCCACCGCCACAAGCGCCAGUGAACUACUACAAGAGCGUCAACAUUAUCACGCAAUCGCCGCCGCCACCCUCAACGUCUUCGGUCUCAUCCGAAUCGCUGUCGUCGGUGACGCCGCGCAUUUCGACUAAUCCCUUCCUCAGUCACAACGACAGCGUGGAGGACAAACCAUUGACGCGCGCCACGCGCACACAGCACAAAUUCGCCGACGAAGAUAAGAGCAACGCGAGCGGACGUCGUACGCGCAACGACAAACGUCACGAAGGUCACUACAGCGACGUCGUUGACGACGACGACAUCUUAAACGACAGCGCGCAUAUAGAAGACGAAGAGCUACCAGUGCCCUCGUAUCCGCCUACAUUCUACUAUCACACGGAAACUAAACAUUCGCAGGGUCCAACGCGUCAGCGCCACCAUCAGACCGGCGAUAACAGCAACAGUUACGAAAUGCCGCGCAAACGCGCCAGUUACGGAUCGCACCACCAUCCCUCACAGCAGUCGUAUGGGCAUUUUGUGAACUCCUCAACACAACAGCAACUGCAGCACAAACAGUCCAACAAUCAUAAUGGUGCGAACGCGGCUGCUGGAAACUUGAACCAGAAUCCCUUCAUUAAGGACGGCAACUACUGGGACACCGUACGUCAUGGUAAUACAAGUGAAGUGCUGACCGAUAAUGCAGAUACACGCUUGCCGUCGCACUAUAACGAGCUGGCCGAUGCGGAGGAGCAACACGUUAUGGGAACACCUAUGGGCACACAGUCGUCAGAUUUCGGUUCCACAGCGUCGACGAGUGGACCGAUUGCUACUGCAGCACACAUGAGCUCGGUUCGGCGCUCAUAUCACCAACAACAACAGCAGCAGCCUUACACCAACUCCAGCUAUAAUAUGUCGACGCGGCAGCAUCACCAACAACAACACCAGCAACAACAGCACAUUAGUCGCCUUGGACGCAACACGAUGGAAGCUCCAGCUGGCGAGCAAUUCGCCGAAACGACUACCAAACGCGGCUACCACGCGAAGCAACAUCAAAUGCAAAGGCAGCAACAACAACAGCAACAUAAUAGUCUACAAGCCGUGCAGGAUUCGUGCGCGGAGGGUCUCACACCAUUAGCCAGUCAUUACUUGUACGGCAGUAAAACAUCGCUGGACCAACAACAGCACGUAAUUAGCGUGAGCGAUAACAGUAUACUCGUAGAACGGGAAAUAAGAGAGCGUGACCGUGAACAAAGGGAACAGCGUAAAGUGGCCGCAGCUUACGGUGAAUGGGAAAGAGAGAGAGAACGUGAACGCGAGUGGGAGCGAGAACGCGACAGGGAAAGAGAGCAGCGCGGUCGGGAGAAGGAGAAAGGCAGAGAACGCGAAAAGGAACGUGAAUAUGAAAGAGAACAAGUACGCUGCAGAGACCCCUAUCCAGUCGGACCCCAGCACUAUCAAGCGGUAAAACAUCGCAACUCUAUGAAAAAUAGUAAUCUAGGUGAUACAAAUGGACAUAAUAGUGUGACUAACAAUGGCGAGAUGGUGGUCUUCGACGACAUAACCGAAAGUUGGCAAAACUUGAGAGUAACAACCGACACAAGUGCCCCCACAAUCUCACCUGCGUCGACACGACAGCAACUUCAGCAACAACAACACCACAGACAGCCCACAUCCUUGACACUGGUCGAUGAUAACAAAGACGACUAUGCAGAGGAAGACCUCAACGAACAGCAUGGCGUUGUGGAGAUAACCGGAAGUCACAACACAAGCAACAAUAACACGUCAAUAAUGUAUAAGGAUCAUCCAAAGAGAUACUUGGAUCGAAGUAGCUACACAAUGCGCGCAGUCGAGACGCGACACGGCAUCAUAGAAUACGAAGGUUCACCACGUCGCAUUGGCGGUCAGGCAGUUGUUGUCGUGCCUGCCGGAAUCGAAGACGAAGCUGAAGCGCCCUCCGCUGCCGAGGAAGAAGUGGAAGCAGAUGCGACCGUGUCGAAUGCGCAGCAAACGCAUAGCCAACAACAGUUGACAAAGACAGCGACAACAACAAACGCCUCCAAUAAUGGCGGUGGUGGCGGAGGAGGCAACAGUCAACAUACCAACGCUACAACAACCACGCACAAUUCACCACAACAGCAAUACCCGGCGCGGCCCGGUUUUCCACAGCGUAUUAUUUCACCGCCGCGUGAGAGCACUCCACCAAUUGUGCUGCUGAGCCACAGCAUUUCUAAACACCAGCAACAACAGCAACAACAGGAUUAUCAGCAACCACAAACGCUGCCACAACGGCAAUCUUCACCGCCCACAACUUGCACUUUGGACAAUAACGCCGAGGACACGAGCAAUGAUGUCUCCGAGAUAGGCACAAUUUCCGAUUUAACCACACCGGAGGCUAUUUCCACAUCGGGUAUACCGACCACGCCCACAUUCACCAUCGAAUCGCCGGCGGUUAACGCGUCGAAUACCACAACAAUGCCGCCAAGUGCGAGCAAUGCGGCUUGCAAGCCGUUGACGGCGAUCGGUAGCAGCGCCUUCAGCAUACCAACUAAGUCUUCGACGUUUGACUACCUCUAUGAAUUCUCCGAGACGCGCAAGGUGCUCGAAGAGUUCUUCAAGUGUCCAUCGAUGGACGAUCGACCGAUUGAGAAUGGCAGCGAUGUCGACAGUGUUGAUAUCCAAUACGAAUUCCAUAGCAAUCUGGAUCAUGGUGACGACGAUGAAUUAGACUCACCGUCCAAUGUGAAUAUCGAUGCCGACGAAGACGAAGACGACGAGGACGAAGAAGAUGACGACGACGAUGAUGAUGACGGCUUAAUGGGUGUAGAUAUGGAUGGUAUACAGCCACAACAACACCACCAUCAAUUACAACAACAACAUAACAACCAAAUGCGUCAACUGCAAACAACAAUACAACAACGCAACAAUCAGCGUGAAACACAAAUACAUUUGCAAACAUCACCAACACCCACACUGUAUCGUCAACAACAGUCGCAACAACAACAACAACAACAACAACAGCAACAAUAUUUGCAGCAGCAGCCAUCGCAACCGUUGCAAACUCCUCAGGACUCACGUCAAAGGAAAACACACUCGCAACGUCAGCAACAACAACUCAAUAACAGUAGCAAUAAUAGCAACAGCAAUAGCAACAACUAUAACAAUUCGACAAAUGCACAUCGGCGCCGCUUUACCGCUAGUCCAUUGAUGCGCGACUUCGACUUCUUUUUGGACUCGGCCAGUCGCAGCAGCGGCGAACAAUUGGACCAACAGGAUGGCGUCAAUCAUAAUCAAUUGGACACACCGGGUACUUACCGUUAUUCGCCAGAGACAACGGACUACGAUUCGAAUUGCGGCGAUUUGGACAGUCUCUCCGGUGAAAUCAAUGGCGUUUCGACAUCUUGCUCCAACUACACAAAAUAUUAUGCCUCCAGCAUGCCGGUACUUGAGGAUGGCUUAUCGUCGGGUCACACCUCCGACACGGAGAAUCAAAAUAAUCUCAACAAUAAUUUGCAGCAACCGAGUGCCGCGAUACAUCACAACCCCAUCGGUAGUGGUGGCAUAUCGAUGUUGAUGGAUAUGAAACGUUUGUCCACCAACAACAGUAUAAAUAGCAUGAAUAAUCUCACCAUCUCGACAACCGAUGGCGGUGGUGGUGGUGUUGGCGGCGAGCCGCGUAACAACUCAAUAUCGUCGAAUAUUAUGCACGAUACGACAUAUUUGCAUAAAAACGAUAGUCCCACAUCGGCACUGGGUAUGCACGAGGAUUCUGGACGCGAGUCGGUGCGUUCGAGCACGAAGCGUGAUGGACGCGAACGCGAGCUGCUCGGUCAGAGUCCAACCAGCAACAGCAAUAAUAAAGUAUUCAAGAAUAUCGAUCCCGAGUUGGACUCACUUUACUCGAUAAGUAUUUUCCAUCGUCCCGACAUGGUGCAGAUGACGCCACCACCACCGGCACCCGCACCGCACCGCAAACCGAACAUACUCAGUCCGGAGCCGGAGAUACUACAGCCCACGCCCUACAAAGACAACAACUCGCACGGAGCGCCACCGCCGAGCACCACAUCGCCCAUAAACGCACUGGGCACAGCGCUCGGCUCUAACAGCGGUAGCGGCGUCACAUCGGUGGCCUCGGCCAUCAGCUCAACACUCAACCGCAACAAACUACACAGCGCACAGCAUCAGAGCGGCAGCAGCAAUGCACCGUCGGUGCUGAGCAAUGCGCUACGCGCCACCAACCAAUCGCACACGCAAACACAACUGCUGCCAACCACGCAAACGUUGUCAUCCACACAGUCACAGUCACAAUCGCAAACGCAAUCACAACCGCCACCACCACCCAUACCCGAACGCAGCAUGCCGCGUACGCCUUCGCCUGUGAUGAACUCGCCCGUUUGGCUGCCACGCCAUUUGGAUAAUAGCGCCAACAAAAGUCUGCUCGCCUCCUCGCCGGGACAUCAUUCGAAGAAUUUGAGCGCCGACGAAGAUGAUGUCGACACCGAUCUCGAGACGGAUCGCCUGCUUGGUCAUCAGCGGCUCGACGAUCAGGGUUACUAUGAUGAAAACAAGUCGUGGGAGUCGCGCAAGCCACGCUCUUCGUUGCUCUCGAAAAUCUCACCCAAACAAAUGGCGAGCACUAAGACACGCAACGGCUACAAUGCCUUGCUCUCGACCAUGCCCGAAAUCCCACCGCCAAUACCACCGAAAAAUUCCACUAGCAAAUUGCUCGACAUUGACGGUUCCAUGUCGUCGUCGGAGCACAGCGACAAGUCGCCGUUGAAGUCUAUCGAUGUGCAAGACUGCGUCGUGGGUAUGGGCAGUCCGGGCGGCUCCGAUGGCUCCGCCUGCAUCAGCGCUAACUCGAAGAAAGAACUCGAUUUGUCGACGAUCAACUCAAAUGGCUUGGCGAAUAGCGGCGGCAGCAACAGUGGCAGCGGCAGCGGCAGUGGUAGCGGUACUGGUAGUGGUGGUGUUGGUGUUGGUGGUGGCAUCGGCCUCCUUGGCACCGGCAAUGCGAACGGCAAUGUUGGCGGCAACGUCAGUGGCAAUGGCAGCGGUGUCGGUGUGAGCGGCGGUGGCAGUGGUGGCGGCGGUCACAGCAGCUCCGCUGGCUCCAAUAGCACCAGUGGCGAGAAAAAAGUCAAAAAGAGUAAGAACAAAGAAGGUGGCGCAGUGCUUAUCGAGGGCGUACUCUUCCGCGCCAAGUAUCUUGGUUCCACACAGCUGGUGUGUGAGGGCCAACCCACGAAGUCGACGCGCAUGAUGCAAGCCGAAGAGGCGGUUUCACGCAUUAAGGCCCUGGCACCCGACGGCGAUGUACAGCCCAGCACCGAGGUGGAUCUCUUCAUAUCAACCGAGAAGAUAAUGGUACUCAAUACCGACCUCAAGGAGAUCAUGAUGGAUCAUGCGCUGCGCACCAUCUCCUACAUAGCGGAUAUUGGCGAUCUGGUGGUGCUGAUGGCGCGACGUCGUUUCGUGCCGCAGGACAUUGACGAUGCGCCCAAACCGAAUCGUACACCGAAAAUGAUCUGUCACGUCUUCGAGAGUGAUGAGGCGCAAUUUAUCGCACAAUCAAUUGGACAGGCCUUCCAGGUGGCCUACAUGGAGUUCCUGAAAGCGAACGGAAUUGAGGAUCAUAGCUUUGUCAAGGAAAUGGACUAUCAGGAGGUGCUCAACAGUCAGGAAAUCUUCGGCGAUGAACUGGAGAUAUUCGCCAAGAAGGAACUACAAAAGGAGGUCGUAGUACCAAAGGCUAAAGGCGAAAUCUUGGGUGUGGUCAUUGUGGAGAGCGGUUGGGGUUCAAUGUUGCCCACGGUGGUCAUAGCGAAUCUCAUGUCGUCCGGUGCGGCGGCGCGUUGUGGUCAAUUGAAUAUUGGUGAUCAGCUGAUUGCCAUUAAUGGCCUGAGUUUGGUGGGGCUGCCGCUUUCCACGUGUCAGACGUACAUAAAGAAUACGAAAAACCAGACUGUGGUGAAGUUUACAGUGGUGCCGUGCGCACCUGUGGUCGAGGUGAAGAUCAAGCGACCCAACACCAAGUACCAAUUGGGUUUCAGCGUACAAAAUGGUGUGAUUUGCAGCUUGCUGCGUGGCGGCAUCGCUGAGCGUGGUGGUGUGCGCGUGGGUCAUCGCAUUAUUGAAAUCAAUAAUCAAAGUGUGGUGGCGGUGCCACAUGAGAAGAUCGUCAAUUUGCUGGCGACGUCAGUGGGCGAGAUUCUAAUGAAAACAAUGCCGACAUCAAUGUUCCGAUUACUUACCGGCCAGGAGAAUCCAAUUUAUAUUUAAGGCAAGCGUUUUUUUUAAUAAAAAUGAAUAAGUAGAUAUUAAAAAAUUAUAAAACUGGCUAAAACAUAUAUAUACUAUGCUGAUAAAAACAAAAAAUAUUAAAAAUUAGAAACAUAUAUAAACAAGUAAAUAUAUAAAAAUAGUUGCAAGUCACUUCUAGCAGUUUAAGCGAAACUUCACACCUGUAUUUCCAAAAAAGAAGCAAACAAACAUAAAAUAAAAUAAAAAUAUAGAGAAAAAAAUUUAAAAAAAAUAAUUAAAAUAAUUUAUAAAUUGUAAAUUGCAAUUGGUUAACUAUGCUAAAACAAUAACAAGAAACUGUAGCAAAUGAAAUUGAAUGUUCAUUAGGUGCGUAUAACUAAACAAACAUAUAUACUUGCAUAUAAAUACACAUAAAAAAUUAAAAAAAAAUGAAUAAAAUAAAAUGCAAAAGUAAAAAACAAAAAUUGCAAAAGCGAAAAUUAAAAAUUGAGAAAAAAACAUAUUAACACGCAUAAAUUUACUAGCAGAAAAAUAAUGCAAAAUAACUGUAAAGCAUAAGCGUUCUAAGCGUAAAGUUGCAAGGAAAAUAUAAAUGAAAUUAACUAGCGAAGAUUUCCAUGUAUGUAAUUACCCCGUUAGCUGCCUAACUAACUAGCGUUCUCUGCUCUAAUGCAACACACACACACGCAUAUGAAAUAUAUUUAUACAUAAAUAAAAAAUAUAUAUGCAAUAUACAAAAAAAAAUAUAAAACACCGCCAUUAAAGCCACAAAAACUCGCGUUUCACUUGCAAACAUAAACACAGACACACACAUACAACUAGCAAAAUUAAAGUAAAUAUUAAAGGAAAAUAGCAAAAAGGAAAUAAAGCAAAACAAAAACAAAAAAAAAAAUUUAAUUACUUUAGUUAUACUAAUUGUUAGCAUAUUAUACAAAAGAAUAGUGUUGAGCGAUAUAUACAAACAAACAGAAACAAAAAACUUGCAUACAUACCAACAUACAUAAAUAUAUUAUAUACACACAACGUAAAUAAAGAAAAAAAUAUUAUAAUAAAGAUGAUAACACCACAAGCCGUAAACCACAAAUUUCAAACACAACAAAAACCAAAAAAAAAAAAAA